CACUCCCACACUGUUACAUCGUACAAUCGACUCUUCCGUCAAUACACAAUUCAUCGCAGCAUGGACGAGAAUAAAUUACCGUAACGGCCUAGGGGUCAGAACGAUGCACUUAGCUUGGCAAAGCCUUUCUGAGCCAGGUGUUCUUCCUCUAUAAUCAACAUCCGUUAGUCCAGUAUUAUGAAAAAAAAGAUGUGAUCAGGUGCCACCAGGGUGACCAUCAGCUAGAACGCCACUUUUAGUUGACUGUUGCUACGAGGCAUCGCAGCAACAUGUCUUGGACUGGGAAUACUCCUUCGAGGAUGUAGUGGAUGUCACUUCAUCCCCAUGACCGCACCCGCAGGCACUAGGGUUGUCUAGAUGAAUAUGGCGUUUAAAUUUGUACAUUCCAUGUCAGCUUCCUCGACUCGUACGCUAUCAAUAUAGACCAUUUCGGUCUUUUGGAGUUAAAUUUGCGGGGAAUCGCACUGGAGAAGGCUAAAGACAAGAUGCGAGGUUAAUUUAAUGCCAUCAUUUCGACCGGGUCCCUAACCAUUUGUAUCCUACGGUGACUACUUCCCUUCAUGGCAUCUCAACGGCUGCACAUAGCUUAAGACCGUCAGACUAUCCUUGAUAGCAGACUUUCCCCUCCAGCCCCACAACUGUGAUGGCUAGCGAAACUUCUCAUACACCCUCUUCCACCUUUCCCCCUUCUUUCCUGGAAACUUUCACCGUUACUGUAACACCUGGACUUGUGUCAUCCCCCAGUGCUAUCCCAACGACUUCGACGGAGAAAGAUGACUCGAAAAUCCAGUCCAGCGUGGAUACAACGAUGACUACCACUCUAAUCGUGCUUGGCGUCGUGCUGCCCGUCCUUGUAAUAUUUUCUACGGCUUUUUGGUGCUGGCAUGUCAAACGACGUCGGAAGAGUGGUAUGGUUAUCGGAAGACGUUCUGAGUGGUAUUCAGCUCCCAUCAGUCCGCAUGAAAAGUCAACCUUCAAUGUAGUACACUCUCCGUCAUCUCAGAACGUUGAAAUAGCAAAGUGGGCCGCACGUUCAAAUAGUCAGCGGAGUUCGACCACGUACUGGUCGGAUGGUUCGGACUCUUCGCUUUCAACGGAGUAUCGUCCCCCCAGUCCCGACACACCACUACCUCAGAGCGUUCAAAAAGCGAAGCGGAUUACACGUUCAAAUAGUCAGAGUAGUAUGACAACGUACCGGUCAGAUUUUACUGACUCCUCGUCUUCAACGGAGUAUCGCCCCCCCAGCCCUAGCAUGGUCAGUAUCGCAGAAAGUGCGAGUAUGUACUCUCAGCCCAGUCAUCGUAGCUCAAAACCUGGGAGUCUCCGCAGCCAUAGAACGGGAAGAACUCAUUCUCUUGGAAAUCCAUUUGGCACAAAAUUCCCUUCUCUCUCGGGGUCGAAUUAUUCUACAGAGAGACACAUUUACGCCGAUUCAAGUCUUGCCGUUCCCACCCGGCCGACACGAUUGUCUAUUGUUCACGAGGACGAUAUCGGUCCUUGAUUUUCUAACGUGCUUUCGAUAAUCUCUCACACCUUCAGUUAUAUUUCACUCAUUUUCGUUUUCGGUCGUUCGUUCUUUUCAUCGUAGUGUUGAUCUUAUCAAUGAUUAUCAAUAUAAAUACGGUCAA